AUGCCUAUCCCCACAGAACUCGUCGGAAGUCUCCCUCGACCAACAUACCUCCAAAAGGCGUUUGCAGACUACGACGCGGGCAAAAUAUCUCACGAACAGCUUAUAGAGGCCCAGGACAGAGCGGUCGAGGAUUCGUUGAAACACCUUGGCCACACAGGUGAACCGUUGAUCACCGACGGUGAGCAACGGGCGAGUUCGUUUGCCACGUAUCCCAUCACCGAUACUCUCGGGGGCACGGGUCUGUCGGAGAAUCUCGCUGCUGACGGUCAAUACUUUGCCAUCUUUGAGGAUGGGCAUCACCGGCAACUGCCCCGCCUCGUGAAGGGGUCCUUCAAAUACAAGACCUACGCCUACGACAACUUGAAGAGGUCGAUGCCGCUGGCGGGCGGGCACCCCAUGAAACAAGCCGUCAUUGCGCCAUCUAUGAUGUACCUGCUGUACCCAUUGAACGGCACCGUCGAGGGAUAUCCCCAAGAAGCAUUCGAAAAGGACCUUGUUCACGAAUGCGAGAAAGACAUCCGCGGCUGUUUCGCCGCCGGGGCCAAGCGUGUGUCCAUUGACUUCACAGAAGGGAGACUCGCAGCGAAGAAUGAUAAGAGAAAUCCAUGGACUGGGGCACACUUGUUGCAAAAGUUUGUUGACUUGAACAACCAGGUCCUCGACCGAUUCACACCAGAAGAGCGCAAGAAUAUCGGCAUCCAUACCUGCCCCGGCGGAGACUGCGACUCGGUCCACUCUGCUGACGUCGACUACCACGAACUCCUGCCGUCCUUGUUCCAGAUGAACGCGGGCUACUUCCUGAUCCAGCUGGCCUCGGAGAAGAACAAGGCCAGAGUGUACGAGGAGAUCGGGCGCACGAUCCGCAAGGACGCCAAGGGCGUGAAGCAGGUCGCCUUCGUCGGCGUGGUCGACCCGCUCAACCCGGCGGUCGAGACGCCCGAGCACGUCUGCGAGGCGCUCGUCGAGGCAGCCAAGUACAUCCCCGCCGACCAGCUGGGCGCGACAGACGACUGCGGCUUCAGCCCGUUCAGCAUCGACGUCAAGCCUAAGCACAAAGGCAACCCGGACUUUGCGCGGGAGGUUGCGUUCCAGAAGAUCGCCAACCGAGUCAAAGGGGCGAAGAUGGCGAGUGAGCGGUUGGGACUGUGA